UACGUCCCUGUUAGCGCUGACGUUGUCCAAGGAAGGAAAAUGGCGAUGGACGGUUCGGCAAUGAGGGGCAUCAGAAAAAGGGGUUUAGUUAUGUCUCCGUCGUUUUCUGCAGGAUUCAGUAGCAGCGUUCUGUUCGUUUUGUCCGCGGCUUUGGUGCUGCAGGUCGUUUCGGGAGACGGGAAGACUCUGGUUCUGCUGGACAACCCGAACAUCAGAGACACCCAUUCAAUCUUCUUCCGCAGCCUAGCAGAUCGUGGUUUUGACCUCACGUUCAAGACCGCUGAUGAUCCUAGCCUCUCCUUGAUCAAGUAUGGCCAGUUUCUCUAUGACCAUCUCAUCAUUUUCUCCCCAUCUGUGGAAGAUUUUGGAGGUAACAUUAAUGUGGAGACCAUCACAGCAUUCAUCGAUGGUGGGGGCAACGUUCUGGUUGCAGCAAGUUCAGAUAUUGGUGACCCUCUGCGAGAGCUGGGUAGUGAAUGUGGUAUUGAGUUCGAUGAAGAAAAGACUGCUGUCAUUGACCAUCAUAACUUUGAUGUGUCUGAUCCUGGUGAGCACACCCUGAUUGUUGCAGAUCCAGAAAAUCUUCUUAAGGCUCCAACUAUUGUUGGCAAGCCCACUGAGAAACCCAUCCUCUUCAAAGGUGUUGGCAUGGUGGCAGAUCCUGACAACCCCCUGGUCCUGGACAUUCUGACAGGCUCCUCCACCUCUUACUCCUACUUCCCUGAUCGUCCAAUUACGCAAUACCCUCAUGCAGUUGGUAAGAACACCCUCCUGAUUGCUGGUCUCCAGGCAAGAAACAAUGCUCGUGUGGUCUUCAGCGGUUCUUUGCAUUUCUUCAGUGAUGCCUUCUUCAACUCCCCUGUGCAGAAAGCCACACCAGGAUCAAAGAGGUUCCCACAGACUGGUAACCAGGAGCUAGCUGAGGCCCUGUCCCGCUGGGUGUUCAAAGAGGCAGGUGUCCUUAGGGUUGGGGCUGUUACUCAUCACCCAGUGGGUGAGAGCACUCCCCCUGCUGCUUAUACCAUCACUGACCUGGUGGAAUACAGCAUUGUGAUCGAGAUGCUGUCUGAAGGUCGCUGGGUGCCGUUUGAUGGAGAUGACAUUCAGCUGGAGUUUGUCAGAAUUGACCCCUUCGUCAGGACCUAUCUCAAGAAAAAUGGUGGCAAAUACAGUGUCCAGUUUAAGCUGCCAGACGUGUACGGAGUGUUUCAGUUCAAAGUUGACUACAACAGACUGGGCUACACACAUCUUUACUCCUCCACACAGGUGUCCGUGCGUCCACUGCAACACACUCAAUAUGAGCGCUUUAUUCCUUCUGCUUACCCCUACUAUGCCAGUGUCUUCUCCAUGAUGGCUGGACUGUUCAUCUUCAGUGUGGUUUUCCUUCACAUGAAAGAGAAGGAGAAGUCAGAUUAAAAGACAGGAGAGAAGUGAUUUUCUUCAAAAUUGUAAUGAGAUUGGGUUGAUCCGGUCUUCUUGCACAUCAGUGGGUGAAAUCUGAACUGUGCUGGUGUGGGGUCUUUCUCAUGAGUCAUGAUAUGCCACUACAACUUUGCACAGCAUUUGUAAACUUGGGUUAAGAAAAUCUUUUUGUAUGAGUUCAUGGGGUUUUGAGCAAUGGUCAGGCUAAGUCAUCGUUCAGUUAUUUAAAGAAAAUGAGAGGUCCCAUUGUGUAAAUUUAAACAUUGUUUUGAUUAGACCUUAUGCACUGAUCCGUUUGUUCAUGAAGCUUGAAUGUGUGAAGAAAAAGAUGUUAAAAUUCUUUUAAAAACACCAAUGUUCAUUAAAAUGUCCAUUCCACCUCUCUAAAAA